AUGCAGAUAUCACAGCAAACAUACAUUCGUCUGCUUGUUAUUGAGCAUGCAAAUCUCGUCUCCGUCAGCAGACCGGUGUACUGGGCAUCAUAUAUCGAUUCCGCCGAGUGUCGACAUUUGGUCACCGCCAUCAAUUCAAAGAUUGACUCGUUUAUAGAAACUUGCUCAACAACUCAUGUGCAGAUAGUGUAA